AUUUAAAACGAAAUUAAUGAAUUAAUCUUGUUUUUCCGCUCGAGUAUUCUGAGUUUUUAAGUGAGAAAAGGAAGCAGAAGAGAAAGGCAUCGGCUUUUCUCGUUGAAUCAGUUACUUCCCACGUGAAAUCUCUUCAUGCAAUCUUCUCUGCAUUCGGGAGGAGGAGGACUGUAAAUUUUCAGCCAUGGAUUCUGCGAGGAGCUGGCUUAAGAAGUUCCAGCCGAGGGCGAAGAAGAAGGCGGCGGCGGAGGAUACGAAGGCCGAGCAGCAGAAUUCUGUUUCCGAUGAGGCGCCGUCGAGCGUGACCAAACAGAAGGUGGAGGCAGCCAAACAGUACAUUGAGAACCACUACAAGGCGCAAAUGAAGUCCUUGCAGGAAAGGAAGGAGAGGCGGUGGAUGCUCGAAAGGCGGCUCGCCGACGCGGAUGUUUCGCAGGAGGAUCAGAUGAAUGUGUUGAAGUAUUUGGAGCAGAAGGAGACGGAGUACAUGCAUCUUCAGAGGCAUAAAAUGGGGGUUGAUGACUUUCAGCUGUUGACCAUCAUCGGAAGGGGUGCAUUCGGAGAGGUCAGAAUCUGCAGAGAGAAAUCUACUGGGCAGGUCUACGCCAUGAAAAAGCUCAAGAAAUCGGAGAUGCUCCGGAGAGGCCAGGUGGAACAUGUUAAAGCUGAAAGAAAUCUUCUUGCUGAGGUUGAUAGUCCUUACAUCGUUAAGCUCUACUGCUCCUUUCAAGAUGACGAAUUUUUGUAUCUUAUAAUGGAAUAUCUUCCGGGCGGUGAUAUGAUGACAUUACUAAUGCGCAAAGAUAUCUUGACUGAAGAUGAAGCCAGGUUUUAUGUAGGGGAGACAGUCCUUGCCAUUGAGUCUAUUCAUAAACACAACUACAUCCACAGGGAUAUUAAGCCUGAUAAUUUGCUGCUUGAUCGUUAUGGCCACAUGAAGCUUUCAGAUUUUGGGUUGUGUAAGCCUUUGGGAUCUAACAGCUUUCCAGAUCUUAGUGAGAAUGGUGAGAAUGGCAAUGCAGUUGGAGGGAAUUCAAAAUCCCCUUCAGCGAGUCAUAAACAUUCUAACCUUCCCGCAACACCAAAAAGGACACAGCAGGAACAGUUAUUGCACUGGCAAAAGAACAGGCGAAUGCUGGCUUAUUCAACAGUUGGAACUCCAGAUUACAUUGCUCCAGAAGUAUUGCUGAAGAAAGGAUAUGGAAUGGAAUGUGACUGGUGGUCUCUUGGUGCAAUCAUGUAUGAGAUGCUUGUAGGAUUUCCACCUUUCUAUUCUGACGAACCAAUGUCAACAUGCAGAAAGAUUGUUAACUGGAGAACUCAUCUGAAAUUCCCAGGGGAAGCAAAGCUCUCUUCUGAAGCUAAGGAUCUCAUUUGCAAGCUCCUCUGCAAUGUUGAGCAGAGGCUUGGGACGCAAGGAGCUCAUGAAAUAAAAGCACACCCAUGGUUUGAUGGGUUACAAUGGGAUAGAUUAUAUCAGAUGGAAGCGGCUUUCAUACCAGAGGUCAACAAUGAGUUAGAUACUCAAAACUUUGAGAAGUUUGAUGAGUUGGGGGCUCCAGUAGAGACUUCAACAAAAUCUGGUCCGUGGAGAAAGAUGCUUUCCUCCACGGAUACAAAUUUCGUCGGCUAUACCUACAAGAAUUUUGAAAUUGUUGAUGAGCAUCAUAUGCCUGGCAUUGCUGAGUUGAAGAAAAAGAAUACCAAGCCAAAACGACCAUCUGUUAAAUCAUUAUUUGACACACCUGAUCCUCCGGACUCACCAAUUAACGGAACCCCUCCCUUACAUGUGCCCAACCAGUUGGGUGUCUCAGGAGGCUCUCAGCCUUCACGGCAAUCUACUAGACCCCCACUACCUCAACACAAACCGCCACGAAGAUAACAAGCAGAGUGUACGAGCUAUUAUCCAGCAUUCGUAAGUAUAAUUUCUUGUGUGUCCAGUCACCAUAUAAUCAUGUAGAUUAAGAGGAAAGGAGGUCGAGCUUGACAAUUAGGCUACGUUUAAUGAUUGAUUUAUGAGUCGUCGUUUGUCAAGGUCAUGUUGUUGCUUUAUAGAAUAGGUUGACAUGUUAUAUAGUCAAUUAUGUCAAAAUCGUUGUCUAUUACCAGGGUUAUAGUGAGCUUCUUUGUGCUUGUAUAGAGGUUUAGUGACAGAACAUAUCGUUGGAGUUAAGCGACACUCAUUCUUUCGUACCUACGACAUGUAAAUUUUUUCAUUUAUUGUUGUAAACUUCAAGUGCAUGCAUUAGCAUUUUCAUGUUUUGACUUGUUUCUAAUUUCUAACCCUUGGAAAUCAAUGGUAAAGAAACUCAGAGAUGGAGAACU